UGUCAGUGGUGAUCGGUUUCGCUUCACUUGACUGCAGACACACAGAUUGUUUAGAGGACGGAGCAGAGAGCUUCUGAGCUAAAAUGACCGAAGAGAAAAGAUACGACCCCAGAGACACGACGCUGAAAUUCGUCAACAGGCCCGAUGAUCUGGAUCCACUACCUCCAGAGGAAGGAGACCAGGGUCUCAGAGCACAGAUGUCCUGCGGCCAUGCCGUCACACCGGAGUCGCUCACAGGGUGGUGUCGCAGCCUGUUGGAUCAGGGCCAGUACAAAUUUAAGUGCCCAGCUCUAAAGGAUGGUACGCUACAUAAGUGUGAUGCAGUGUGGUCCUACCAAGAGGUGCGCAGGCUGGCAGUACUGACAACAGAAGAGAUGGAGUACUUUGAAGAGAACAUCGCUCGCCUAGCUGCCACAGAGUACUGCGAAUUUAAAACUUGUCCUGGUUGCAAAACCUAUGUGGAGAGAGAGGACCUGACCAACCUUAAUGUUCAGUGCACAAUCUGCACUGCAGACAAGAAGAAAGUGUGCCAGUUCUGCUGGCAGUGUUUGAAGCCAUGGAAAGGUAGCGCUCCACGCUCUGACCGCUGUGACAACGAUGGAUGCAUGAAUCACGACCUCGAACUUCUCAAGAAUUGCAAGACUACCGCUCUCCCUCAGGUUCAGGGGGUCGAUGCCUGUCCCUCCAUUCGGGCUUGUCCCACCUGUGGUCAGAGGGUGGAGCACGACAAAACAGGCUGCAAGAACAUCAUCUGUCCUCGCUGUCAGAAAGAGUUCUGCUUUGUGUGUCUGAAACUGACUCCUGAGUGCUUGAAGACAAGUUCUUACUUCAUCCCCUGCAGUGAUGGUGUAGCUCCCAGACAAACUUCAAUACCUGUGUGGCGCAGAAACUAAGACACAGCAUGCUCUCUGACUCAUUACACAUUAUCCUUCUCUCAUGUUAGACUUUUUCUUUUAUAUUUCAUUCAGAGAAUUUCAUUGAGAGAAGCCAAAUGUUUUACAGCCUGACUUGUUCAUAUGCUUUAAACAGUGGUAAACUAUGUUUCCUGUAUGCAUUUUUAUGUUGUACAACAGACUUUUUAAAAAUAGCUUUCUUUGACUUAAUCUCUGUUAAAUAAUAGUUAGUCAUUGACAAACAAGUCACUUAAUAAAGAUUCCUUGCAAAUAAACAGAAUACAUAUUUAGUGUGACAAAUAUCAGUUCAUGUAUAUAUUUAUGUGUUAAUCAGUUUCUGCAGCUUUAAUAUAAAUGAAAUUAAAUGAAAUUAACAACAGGUGCAGUAGAGGGCCACCAAUGAGACAACCACAAAAGUAGGAAUGGUUUUACUGGUGGAUGACGCUGAUAUUUUUUUUUCUCAUCAUCUAUUCUUUUUUUACUAGUUUUCAUUUGGUUACAGUCAGUUUCACUGCUUUUUGCGUGAGGUGAAAACUGGACCCUACAGAGGUUGCACAAACAGUCCAACUCCACCAGAUGCCACAAAACUACAUGCCAAUGCCAGAAGGUUUUCUGUGUCUCCCAGCACAGUCUUAAGAGCAUGGAGCAGACUCCAGUAGACAGGCGGUUACUCUAAGAGAGCUGGAGAGGGUUGUAGAAGACCUUCCACCCAUCUGCAGGACCGGCAUCUGUUCCUUUGUGGAAAGAGGAACAAGUUGAGUACUACCUUAGCUUCAAAAUGACUUCCAGCACUGGUGUGAAUGUCUCUGACCAAACAAUUAGAAACAGAUUUCUUGUGAGCGGCCUUAGGACCUGAUGUCCUUUAGUGGUCCUGUGCUCACUAUUUGGCAUUGUAGAGUAUAAAUGGCUUUUGCCAUGGAAUACCAGAAUACUAACAGAGUGACAGUAACAAUAAAAAUGACGGUCUCCUUUCCAAAUAUUUUUGCCACUAUGAUUUCACCCCACAUGUGCCCAUUCUCCCUGUUGUUCUAUGUUUACUAGCUGACUGACUCAUGUUUGUGCUGAAAAAUUAUGGGAGUCAAAUUAAAGUAAUGAAACACA